UGUUACUCGGUUGCGUCGAACGUUGCCGUGGGAGUGGGCUGGCGCCUGGACCACUCCAUUCAGUUCUAUUGGCGAGCCACAAAUUAAGCGCUAGUCAGUCCCAGAGCCCCCCAGCAGCGGUCGGAUAUGUCGGAAAGUGGGUGCCAGGAGCCGGCGACGCGGCCAGGCAUACCGUCGGUGGGUAACCGAGUAACGGUGGUGCUGGGCGCGCAGUGGGGCGACGAGGGGAAGGGCAAAGUUGUGGACCUGCUGGCGCAAGACGCCGACAUGGUGUGCAGAUGUCAGGGCGGCAACAACGCGGGACACACCGUGGUGGUCGACUCAGUGGAGUACGACUUCCACCUCCUCCCCAGCGGCAUCAUUAACCCCAACGUCACCGCCUUCAUCGGUAAUGGUGUGGUGAUCCACCUCCCGGGACUGUUUGAAGAGGCCGCAAAGAACGAGCGAAAAGGCAAAAGUCUGAAAGACUGGGAGAAAAGGUUGAUCAUCUCAGACCGGGCGCACAUUGUGUUUGACUUCCACCAAGCCGUGGACGGCGUUCAGGAGCAGCUGAGGCAAGAGCAAGUAGGCAAGAAUCUGGGGACGACAAAGAAGGGCAUCGGUCCGGUGUAUUCGACCAAAGCGGCACGCAGCGGCCUCAGGAUAUGCGACCUGCUGGCCGACUUCACGCACUUCUCCGAGAGGUACAAAGUCUUGGCUCGGCAGUACCAAGCCAUGUACCCCAGUCUGCACAUAGACAUGGACGGCGAGCUGGCCAGAUUAAAGACGUACGUGGAGCAGAUCAAGCCAAUGGUGAGGGACGGUGUGCACUACAUGUAUGAGGCUCUUCACGGGCCUUCCAAGAACAUCCUGGUGGAGGGAGCCAACGCAGCACUGCUGGACAUUGACUUUGGGACAUACCCGUUUGUGACAUCGUCCAACUGUACGGUGGGUGGGGUGUGCACGGGUCUCGGCAUGCCGCCGCAGAAUGUCGGCCAGGUCUAUGGAGUGGUCAAGGCCUACACCACCCGGGUGGGCAUCGGGGCCUUCCCUUCUGAACAGAACAAUGACAUUGGUGAGCUGCUGCAGAGCCGUGGCAAGGAGGUCGGGGUGACCACGGGCAGAAAGCGCCGCUGCGGUUGGCUCGACCUGGUGCUCAUCAAAUACGCGCACAUGAUCAACGGCUUCACAGCUUUAGCACUAACCAAACUGGACAUACUUGACGUCCUCCCGGAGAUCAAAGUGGGCGUGGCGUACAAAGUUGACGGGCAAACUAUACCGCACUUCCCCGCCAACCAGGAGGUGCUCUUGCAUGUGGAGGUCCAAUAUGAGACGCUGCCAGGCUGGAACACCAACACGACGGCCGCCAGGAGCUUCGACGAGCUCCCGGAGAACGCCCAGAAAUACGUGUGCUUCGUCGAGGAGCACGUCGGAGUGCCUGUCAAAUGGAUCGGAGUGGGCAAAUCACGGGAGUCCAUGAUCCAGCGCUUCUAGACACCACCGACCUUGUCAGCCUCUUCCACCACGCACGCAGGCAGCCUAACUACCUGCUGGACUCUCUUGAUUCCCGACAUGACUGUGGAAUUGGGAAGGCAUUUUACACAUGUAUCGUCAGAACCGCUUCUGUGCCGAGAUUUGAAACCUCAUCAGCUGUUUGUACCGGAGCCUCAAUAAGCUCAGCAUACACCAGCGCCAUUAACACACAGUCGUGCCGUGCCGUAUCUGUCUGUUCUUCUGUUUUAAAGAUGCUUUGUGUUUCGUUCUGUCAGGUGGAAGUGGCACUUUUCUCACUGACAGGUAGCAGGUGUGUCAAACUCAUUUUUGUCGCGGGCCGCAUCGUAGUUACAGUUUCCUGUCAACCCAAAUAAAUGUACGAACGCCUCAUAUUAUAUACAGUAUAAGCUACAAAACAAACUGACAAAUAAUUUGUUUUGAAAUCAGACUCGUGAAAACUUCUUAAAUAUUUUAAAAAGAUGACUUUUAAAAGUGGACAAUUUGCAAUUUUAGUGAUAUAUUUACUGCACCAUUUGUCUUUGUCGGGCUACAGAAAAUGAUGUGGCGGGCCGUAUAUGGCCCCCGGGCCUUGAGUUUGACACAUGUGGGUAAAAGGGAUCUUUUCAUAUUUGCCUUUGUUUGCAGUCAAUGAAAACGACGCAACCAAAAAGAGAUUUCAAACUUGUAGCCACUCGUCUUUCUUCCUGUUACACACAACCCAUACCCCCGUUUUCUUUGUAACGGUUUUAUUCACACUGAGUUUCCCUUUAAUUGCCACAGAAAGUCUGGUGUAACGCUUACUUACUCUUGGGUUCUGAUUGCUGUUACUGUUGCACUUUUUUGUAAUUUAAAUAAAUUUUAUGGAUCAGAGCAAAUGGAGCUCGAGCCUCACAGUGAAAAUUAAAUGUGGAAUACUGAUUUUAUUCAUUUAGAAAAUGUAAUAUACUGUAUCCAUA